AUGGCGGCGCCGACCAUUGGCAACACGAGCCGGGUGUCGCCAGAGGACGACUUGUUCCUUCGACGGGAAACGACAAAGCCUAAACCUGAACGGACAGCAUGCUUCUGCGUCUAUGACAACGAGUCGGAUCCCAGGGCCUGCGUCUGGCAGAGUGGGAAGCUGAUCCCCUCGCCCAACAUCGCCACGCACCUGGGCAAGUUGAUCCUGGGCCUGGUGUUCUCCGUAGUGCUCGCGGCGGCAGUGGUCGCCGUCUUCACCCUGGUCGGCGCUGGGGGAGUUCCAGGCCUAGAAGCCCGGAAGAUGGAGCCGAUCGAUCCGUCCGAGCCCACUUGUUGCGGUCGUUGA